AUGCACAAUGAAUGUAUACCAACACCAAAUGAAGAAAAAUUGUUAGAAAUCGCGGAAGGUUAUCAACAACGUGCACAAUUUCCUAAUUGUAUAGGUGCUAUUGGUGGAAAGCACAUCAGGGUUAUCAAACCACAUGGAAGUGGGUCUCAUUAUUUUAACUACAAACACUUUUUUUCUAUAGUUUUAUUAGCAGUGGUUGAUUCUAAUUAUUGUUUCACGUUUAUUGAUGUUGGUUCAUUUGGCAAAGACUCAGACCCUACAAUAUUUAAAAACUCAACUUUAUAUAAGAAACUACAAAAUGAUUCACUAAACAUUCCAAAACCUAAUCUAAUACGUGGUAUUCAGAUACCUAUGCCAUAUGUAUUUGUGGGCGAUGAAGCGUUUGGGUUAUCUACAAAUAUGUUAAGACCAUAUGCAGGAAAAUGUUUACUAAUCAAUAAAAGGAUUUUCAACUAUCGACUUUCACGUGCUCGACGCUAUGUUGAGUGUGCGUUUGGAAUUUUAUCCAAUAAAUGGAGAAUAUUUCACUGCGCAAUAGAUGUUGAUAUAGAAUUAACAAUUGAUAUUGUGAAAUGUUGUUGUGUUUUGCAUAAUUUUGUUCGCGCACGUGAUGGAUAUGAAUUUGAAGAUUCUCUUAUGGUAACUGGUAUGGACGAUAUUGAACUAGAUAAUAAUUUAAAUGUAAACAGAUCUAUUAACAGAUAUCGGGAUGCACUGACAAAUUAUUUCAAUAGUGAAUUAGGACAAGUGGCAUGGCAGAAUGAAAAAAUUUAA